CUGCAGAAAGCCAAAUCUGUAGAUUGCUGUGGUCAUUGUGAAAUAGCCAGCAGUGCGUGCUAACCAGUUGGGAAAAAGCUAAUCCCUCAGCUCACAGGUGGCGGGCUGGAAUCUACCAGUCGCGAUACUUAUCGCACCCCGUGCUCCGAACUACCCGGCAUAUGUCAGAAUACACCAAAACACCAAGACUUCGAUCUUUCUCCUGAAUUCCCUCCCGCUCUCUGUUGUCGAUCGCCUGUCCUCUGGCUGCAAUAAGCAGAUUGCUUUUGCAGAGCUGUCGUGGUUCCCAGAUCCUCUCCGUCGCUCACCUGUCCGCACCGACCUUCGUCUUAUCCCCGCCUUUGCCUGCACUGAUGCAGUAGAACUCUUUGAACGCAUUGAUAGAUAUAAAUCUGCUGGAUAUACAUACAUCUCAGUCGCAUAACAGUGAACAAUUGCUAUACCUUUCAGUAUGACGUCCGCUCCGACGCCAGAGAUGACGCCCGCCGAGGCCGAGUCGGUCUACUUCAACAACUACCCCCCGCCCAAAGCCCUCCCGAAGCAUGAAGCCCUCGCUCGAGCCUUUGUCGAUUACCACGCCCAAGCGAACCGACGCCUUGUCCUGGUGACAUCCGGGGGCACCACCGUUCCUCUUGAGAACCAGACUGUUCGCUUCAUUGACAACUUCAGCGCGGGCACGCGAGGUGCUGUGUCGGCAGAAUACUUUCUCCAGGAGGGAUAUGCAGUGAUUUUCCUGCAUCGGCAAUUCAGUCUGUUGCCAUACUCGCGGCAUUACAGCCACUCGACCAAUUGCUUUCUGGAUUUCAUGGAUGAGGAGGAACCGGUGCCUGAUGCCACAGAAACCAAUGAGUCGGAUCACCGACCGAUUAAGGUGCGCAGUGAGUACCAGGACCAAAUGCGCGAUGUCUUGCGAAAGUAUCGUUAUGCGAAGCGGAACAACCUCCUGCUCCUACUUCCGUUCACCACCGUCUCGGAGUACCUCUUCGAACUACGGUCGCUGGCUCAGCUCAUGAAGCCAUUGGGUCCCAACGCUCUGUUCUACCUGGCUGCUGCCGUCAGCGAUUUCUUUAUCCCCAGCGACCGCAUGUCUGAGCACAAGAUUCAGUCGUCGGAGCUGCCGGACCACUUGACCAAGGACCAGGCAGUUGGCUCGUCGGACAUUUACACGGGCGGGAUUGAGCCGCAACCGUCGUCUCAUAGUAAGAAAUUGAUUAUCGAUCUGGACCCUGUCCCGAAGUUCUUACAUCGGUUGGUGAAUGGGUGGGCGCCGGAUGGCAGUAUGAUUGUGUCGUUCAAACUUGAAACGGACCCCAACCUGCUCGUAUACAAGGCGCAGACGGCACUCCAGCGGUAUGCGCACCACCUGGUGAUUGGUAACCUGUUGACCACGCGCAAAUGGGAGGUGGUGUUCGUGACCCCGGACCCCCCGCACGAGCGCUGGAUCCGGGUGCCGAAGUCGCGGCGCAGCAAGAGCAUUUCUGGCAGUGAGGCGCAGGUUGGUUUGGCCGAAGCCAAGCGGGCGGGCGAAUCCACCCAGGCAGAAACCGGUGGGGGCGGGCAGAGUCAGAGACCGUUGGAAGACGAGGCCAUCAUCUCGGCUGAGGGAGUGGAGAUCGAAAGUUUGAUCAUCCCUGAGUUGGUCAAGUUGCAUUCGACCAAAAUUGCUCAACACAAUGCCAAGUCCUAGACAUGGAUUUUGGGUCGAGACAUCCAAAGUGUGGCGUGCGAGAGGAAGGAGUUUCAAGUGUGCGUUUCUGGAAGCAUGACGAAUGCAGCUAAACCUGAGGCAGGAGGGUCUUCUCCAGAUAGAUUAAUUAGGGUCCUUCACUCGUUUUUACUGUGUAAGCCGGAAGUUUUCUGUAGAGUUAGUU